AUGUCGGACGACGAGGGUGAAGCCAAGCACGACGGAUACCAUGGAUGGUUCAAGUCCGUGCCCAAGAUGGAGCAGGACUUUACCCCACAGCCCAUUAUUGCAGCGGCAGGAAAUCUCGCGACUCCUGCACCUGCUGGAUCUGGCUCGGCUUGGAACCAAGGGGGCACAUGGGAAGAAAUCAACAAAUCUCAGUGGGCCCAGGACUCGUUGAGGCGUCACAUCUUGGAGGAAUUUCAAAUUGUCGAUGCCAAGUCAGGUUGGACAAUCCGAGCGACGGCAAUCGUCAAGUGCGACGGAGAUGCCAAGCUCGUGUUUAGCCGAGGAAAGAAGCGAUGUGGGUACGACAUUGCUCUCGAAUUCGAAUACGAAGGCGUCCAUGAAGGCAACUCGGAGACGUCGUCGGGAAAGAUCAACUUGCAUGACUUUGAGGAUACCAAUGGCGAAGACUAUGAGAUCCACGUUUCAUCCAACACAUCGUCGACACAGGACAAAUCCACCGUCGCCAUCAUCAAGCAACAAGAAUCUGCCUUGCGAAAGGUGCUGCAAGCGUGGAAACAGGACCUAUUGCAACAAUAA